CUUCGUCCCCAUCACAGUGGUGGGAUCUCGAAACCGUGCGAAGUCGCGCUCGCCCAUUCAACGCAACUCCCGAGACAAUAGACACAYAUCUUCCACUAUGGGRCACAGCGCUAAAAGCAUUAUUAUUCAGACACUGAUURCCGCCGUAKUGUUCUCGGUCGUCUCAAACUUUUUCAGCUUCCGCAAGUUUGCCGGAGAGAGUUCGGGCACUGGAAACGCUGGAAUUGUGAAAAAGGUGGCGCCGGUGUUUUCAAACGAACAACUAGCAAACCAACCCGAAGAAGUGAUCCAGGAUCAAAUAGAACACCACUUCGAGUAUGAAACAAGCCCAAACAAAGUGGACAUCCCAAUCUUCUACAAUCUAUUUAUAAAAGAAGAAUCCGAUCUCGUUCGGGUGAAGAAAAUUGUGGCGGAGCAAUUCGGUGAGUUUCUAAACGUCCACAAACCCGUCUACGUCAACUCGAUCGGCGUUCCCCUCGAUUUCAAUGAAGACGACGUUUCCAAUGGAAURCCGCCCCUCAACACCACCCGGAAUCCCGUGGAGCUCCUGGCCCACUACAAGGAAGCCUCGGAGCACGUGACGCUCAAGGCGUUGUGGGACUAUUGCCAGGUCCCGGAACACAACGAACAAAAGGUGGCCUACCUGCACAGCAAGGGGAGUUUCACCGCAACGAGCGAAAACGUACGGCUCCGGCGCUUCUUGACACUAAGCACGCUCUCGGAGGAAUGUGCGAACAUGCCAAUAGACACCUGCAACAUUUGCAGCGGGCGGUUCUCACCRAUUCCCCAUCCCCACAACUCGGGGAACAUGUGGGUGGCGCGUUGUAGCUAUAUYAAGAAGCUUAUCAAUCCGGAGAAAUUCGAGUUGGCCAUGGACAGAAUGCAGUACGACGAUGGAGAUAUAUUUUUGGCUUGCGAUGGGAGGAAGCGUUACUCGGCAGAGCACUGGGCUCAUUCGCAUCCAAAAGUCAGACCCUGUGAUCUUUAUACAAAACCACAMUUCACUUGGGGCUAUGACGGACUGCCAAAUCGUAAGCGGUUCAAAGGCAAUAUUGAGCUGCAUGCCGGCCCUCGAUUCGAMCUCAUACAGUACUUAAAAACAGACGUUGGCUAUUGUCGUGGACGGGGUAUAUCGAAGCAAUGGCGCAUUAACGAAUACAUUGCUCUGUACAACGAAACACCUGGUCGUAAGUGGUUCGGGCACGGCUUUUUGAAGGACCAACAGGACUGGUGGCCCUACAAAGAUUAUGGUUGGGUUSAGCAGACCAUGGAGUCAAGAGAAGAGCUUAUCAAGCUUGGAUACAACUACCAUCUUUGGGAGCAACCUCGUAGUCGCCCGUAUCCAUUGUGGGGGAAGAAAUGGCACGAACUCACGGGAAAGCAAAGGAAGGUUUUGGAGGAUGUUUUUGUCUAUUCAUCAGCGACUUGGGACGAAGAAAUACGAAGGGAAUACAAGGAUAGAAACCGAGUCAAUAACUUUSGAAAAAAAUGGAUACCAAAUGUGUCAUUUGAUCGUUGUGACGCCAAAAGUGCAAACGACACCCAAAAGAUUGAGUCCUGGUAUCAAAGGACGGGAGACAAUGAUAAAUCCCUCCGGUCCUAUGUAUAUGAAGCACCAAAAAAGCCUACGGACAAAAAACGAGUAUUGAUCAUUGCCGCUGUACCCAGCAGUGAAAUCCGCAUCAURACCCUAUGGAGUGAAUUGGAAUGCUUUACAGAGGCCGUUGACCACGUAAUCAUAACGGCUCCGUUAUGGGCCGAGCCCUUUAUCAGUCACGUCAUUCGCCUUGCCAAAAAAUAUAUUCCACACUUCAUCAAUGGRCAGGUGACAAUUGAAUCAAAAUACUUUAUGAACAAUCGAUAUGAUGUUGGCUUGUGGUGCGAUGCAUACAACAGCUUGAAGCCAGGGAGCUACGACGAAUAUGGCAUGAUCAAUGAUUCUGUCCUCGCCCUUCGUAAGUUUUCUGCUAUUUUUGACAACGUCGCUCAUCGGAACGUUUCGUUGUCAUCCAUAAGCUAUUCGUACACAUCAAAGGGAAAUGUAGGGUAUGGCCCCGAGCAUUACUAUGUUUUGAGUAUCUUCCGUGUUUUCGACAACGAAGGCAUCAACAUAUUCAAGGGGCAUUCUUGCAAAACAGAAGAACACCCUAUGUUUUGUCCCGAUCUAGAUGAUAACAAGGCAUGCAUCAUUGAUAACUUCGAAAUUGAUCUCGCCAAGGAAUAUCCUUGUCAAAAAGUUCAUGGUUUGUAUCCAGCUGAUUCAAUGGGACCUUUGGUCCGGCGAGAUGAAACCAAGAGGAUUUGGAUCAAAAAUACGAGAUAUUGGAGGCUUUUAGUGGAUUACAUGGGCUUCCCAAUCGCCAAGUCAAACGAGGCAGAGCAGUUUGGAGCUCAGUUCAUCCUCAGUGAGAAUAUUCCUUUUUUCAAGAACAAUCCGUUGAUGAAGAACUGCACGAGCAAGAUUCUGCCUCAUCUCGAUGAGCUUUAUGGCAUCGAAMUCCCGAGCUUUAAAAUCGCAAAGUCGUUUUACAAGCUUUCUUGGGCGGAUUUGCCCGCGGAAAUGCAGGUGAAWGUAAAAGAAAUGCUGGGCUUCGACGAGGAAACGUGGGAUCGAAAGGAAUAUUCGCGAUCCCUUGUUGGCAAAAAAUGGGACGAUCUGUCUAGAAAGCAACAAGCACUUUUGAUAAAGCUGGAGUGUUCGAAAUUGAGAUUCAAUAAGGACAGGUGUUUUCAGGACCCAUAGAAUCCAAUUUYCGAAUACCAACAUCGGAUGUUCGGUUUCAAAUCCGAGACURUAGCUCCCAAAGAAAAGAAACCGUACGCGAUUCACCAGGUCGCCCCCAACGAUGAGGAAAACUUCCACAUUCAAACUAAGAUUGGUGAUUUCCCCUACAAGAACCUACCUUUUCAUAACUGUAUGUAUUAAUAAAAUCAAAACUUAAAA